AUGGAGGAAGAAGUCGAUGAUUAUCCGCCUCCUUGGGGCACAAUCAUCAUUGAACAAUAUCUGAUUAGAAACUGGUCUUAUUCCUCGCCUAAAGAACCGAACCAGCAACGACAACGACUCAUUCAGGAGUUUCUCGAGAUGGAGGAUGUUCCUGAAACCUGGGAAUUUUUCAAAGACCCCCCUCCACGUCUGCCAACAGAGGAAGAAAUUAAUGACAAUUCACAGAUCGAGGAGGACCUGGCCACGAUUGCCAAUUCUUUAUUUAUCGUCUACGAUCCCUCUUUCUAUGACUUGCUGGGCAACUCGGAUACCCAGGAUGAGAAGCACGUAGAAAAGAUCUUCCACUUUCCACCGCCUCCACCAUACGCUCAAAGACAGAUCCACGAUGGAUCCGUCUACGUACCGGAGGGAAAGGCGCUCUAUCGUAGCGGAAUUCUUCUCCCCCCAACCGGGGCAUUCAGUGCAGUCCAUCCCGUGUAUCUAUCACCGCCGCUGACCAUCGCUAAUGGGGCAUAUCACUUCAACGGAUCCAUGUACUGGUCACAGGAAGGAAACACGACUACACCCAGCGCCAUCAUCCAGAUGGACCCACGAACGCUGAAGACGCAGGUUGUGAAGAACAACUUCUACGGCCAUCGCUUCAACUCCCUAAACGACCUGGUCAUCUCCGACAGCGGCAUGGUCUUCUUCUCCGACGGUUACUAUGGCUGGGACAACUUCAACUAUACCCUAUUUCCCGAGCUCCCCAACGGCAUCUAUCGCUGGGACAUGCACUCGGGAAAUAUAAAGAUGGUGGCAGGGGCCGCCGAACAAGCACUCUUUAACCCCAACGGUCUCGCCUUCAACCAUGAUAGGUCCAAAAUCUACGUCACGAAUCGCGGCAACUCCAGCUCCGAUCCCCACGGCGGAAUCGCCCAUCGGGAGAUUUUCGCCUACGUCGACGCCGGCUUCCCCGACGGUAUCAAGACAGAUAGACAUGGGCAUGUUUACGCCGCUGUCACGGGCUCCGUGGAUAUUUUUGAUCGGCAUGGAACCUUGCUCGGGCGGACCAAGGUCGCUGCUGGCGAUGUUGCCGUUAACAUGGCCUGGGCUGCGAAUUGGUUGUAUAUCUUUGAUAGCUAUAGAAAAGACUUCGUCUAUGUAGGCCUCGAGAUGUUCUUCAUGAUGCGCAUUACACAAGUUAAUACGCCCAUACCAGAGUGGUACCAAGCGGAAAUGUAUAUUACGCCAUUGCGCAUGACAAAUGUUGAACGACUUAUUCAAAGUGAGUGUCUUUGA